UUUCUAAUUAUUCAAAGGCAAUCUGAUAUUUCUUAAUCUGAUAUCUGUUUUGUAGAUAAUCAAUCCAUUUUUUCCAUUCAAUUAAAUAUCUUUCCUGCGUAUUGUCUUUUAAAAAAGCUGAGAUUUUAGCCAUCUCAGCCAAAUUAAUGACUUUCAGUAUCCAUUCUUCUAUUGUAGGUACCUCUUCUUUCUUCCAGUAUUGUCCAAUCAACAGUCUUGCUGCUGUUAUUAAAUUCAGAAUCAAUUUAGUCUCAAUCCCUGUACAAUCCGUUAUAAUUCCCAAAAGGAAAAAUUGUGGCAGGAACUUUAUCUUCUUCUUCAGUACAUUUUGAAUAAUCCACCAAAUUCUUAUCCAAAAGACCUUAAUUUUCUUGCAAGUCCACCAAAUAUGAAAAUAUGUAGCGUCAUCACAAUCACACCUCCAACAUUUCGCUUGGAUAUUAGGAUACAUACAUGAUAAUUUUUUGGGAUCUAAGUGCCAUCUAUAAAACAUUUUAUAAAAAUUUUCCCUUAAAUUCUGUGCUUGUGUAAACUUAACAUUUCUAACCCAGAUUUUCUCCCAUGUUUCCAACAUUAUUGGUUCCUGAAUAUUCUGUGCCCAUUUUAUCAUACAGUCCUUUACCAAAUCCUUUUCCGAAUCUACUUCAAGCAACACAUUAUACAAUCUCUUUAUAUGCUCCUGGGUCUGAUUUCUAAUUUGCUACUUUAUUAUCACUUUGAAUGUACACUAAUCGGCAUAAGUUAAAAUGAAAUUUCGUUGCCUAAAGCUCUCAUAGAAUCUCUUUACCUCUUAAUAUACAUUUAUUUAUUUAGUCAUGUUUAUGUAAACCAAUAAAACAAAUAAACAAGCACACAUACAUACAACAUUAUACAUAUACGUAUAUAUUAUGACCCGGAAAAACAACAUCUUUGUACGGGCGCGUGGAGAUUUCACUCUAAAGGGCUCAGUAAGGCUAACCUGGCAAAGCAGUGCAAGCUUAUGGCGCCGAGAACCGGAGCUUUUGCAACCGGCGAUCGAGGCGGCUUCCCUUCCGGAGGGGUCUCUGCCAGAAAACUUGGAAUUUCGGGGCUGUGAGUGGAAAGUUUGCAUCUCACAGACUGGCGUUUCAGGCCUUCCUGCAAGGGGCGCUAGCACUGGAGCGAGCCAGAAGACGCGGCCUCCUCCGCGACCAAAGACUUCCCCCUUUUUUAUUAUUAUUAAUAAGAGGUUGCCUCGUUCGCCGUGGCUGCCUGCGAUCCGCCCCGCGAAGGACAAAAAGGCCGCGGCAGGCGCAGCCCGACGAUCCGCUGCAUCUCCCCCCGCACCUAAAAAAACACACAAAAAUCUCGGGAAGCGCGCGGGCCCCCGAAAGCUGCGAACUCCCUGGCCGCUGCGGCAGAAACAUCCGGGGGGCGGGCUGGUUUCCGCCGUUCCGCGGCGCUUUUUCGCUUUUGCAGCCGCCGCCGCCGUCACCCCUCUUGCAGCCUCCCCGUUGACACCAUGAUGGCAGAGUUUGCUCAGCCGCCUUCUCCUGCCCGGUGGCUUUUGUUUCUUACCGUAGCUGUAGGGGGGAUGAGAACGGAGCCUUCCUUCGCUGCGGCAGGGGAUGCGGCUCCGCCGGCCAAAAUAGCUGUGGUGGGAGCUGGAAUUGGCGGCUCCUCAGUGGCUUAUUUCCUGCAGCAGCACUUUGGGCCGCAGGUCCAGCUGGACGUGUAUGAAAAAGCUGUGGUGGGAGGUCGCCUGGCCACAGUUACAGUCAACAAGCAGUCCUACGAAAGUGGAGGGGCCUUCUUCCAUUCUCUCAAUUUACACAUGGAGGACUUUGUGCAGCAAUUGGGAUUGAAACACCGUCGAGAAGUGGCAGGAAAGAGUGCCAUCUUCGCUGGGGAACAGUUUGUCCUUGAGGAGACAGACUGGUACCUGCUCAACCUUUUUCGGCUCUGGUGGCAUUAUGGAAUGAGCUUUCUACGUCUACAAAUGUGGGUAGAGGAAGUUAUGGAGAAGUUCAUGAGAAUCUACAAGUAUCAGGCCCAUGGCUAUGCAUUCUCUCACCUUGAGGAGCUCUUGCGUUCACUGGGGGGUGACACCUUUGUCAACAUGACGCAGCGCUCUGUGGUAGAAUCCCUGCUGGAGGUGGGUGUCACACAACGCUUCAUCGAUGAUGUCAUCAUGGCCAUUCUCCGGGCCAACUAUGGCCAGUCAGCACUGGUACCUGCGUUUGCAGGGGCCAUGUUACUAGCAGGAGCUCAAGGCAACCGAUGGGCAGUUGAAGGCGGCAACAAGCUGGUGUGCUCAGGCUUGCUGAAGCUAACCAAAGCCAACAUAAUCCAUGCCAGGGUGACAGCUAUCUCUCUGCACAGUUCAGAAGGAAAACCCCUCUACCAAGUGCACUAUGAAAAUGAAGACGGUCCAGAGUCCAACUUCUAUGACAUAGUGGUCAUUGCCACUCAACUACAUGACAGCAAGAACAAUAUUACCUUUCAGAAUUUUGAUCCUCCUAUUGCUGAGUUUCCUGGGACUUUUCACACCACAGUCACCUCCAUUGUUCACGGCUACCUCAACUCCUCAUACUUUGGCUUCCCAGAUCCCAAGCUUUUUCCUUUUGCCAGUGUCCUCACCACAGAAGCUCCUGGCCUCUUCUUCAAUUCCAUGGAUAACAUUUGCCCCAUCAACAUAUCUAAUACCUUCAAGCGGAAGCAGCCCCAGGAAGCUGCUGUGUGGCGUGUCCACUCUCAACAUCCUUUGGAGAAGCAAGAGUUGAAGAUGCUGUUCCGCUCUUAUUAUUCUGUUCAGGUGACAGAAUGGCAGGUCUGUCCUGAUUACGGAUCGGUCAAGAACCUCCCACCUAUUAUCCUGCAUGACAGCCUCUUCUACCUCAACACCAUGGAGUGGGCAGCCAGCUCCAUGGAAAUGUCUGCCGUGGCAGCCAAAAAUGUGGCUCUUUUAGCCUACAAUCGGUGGAAUCGUGAUGUAGAGAAAAUAGACCAGAAAGACUUAAUGCACAAAGUGAAGACUGAGCUGUGAAUUUAGCAAGCACUGCCAGACAAGACUUUAUUGCAUGCAGAGUGAAGGGGAUAUUUGAGACUACUAAGUGCCAUUCCUUGACUUGCUGUGUUCCAGUUAUAUUGGAUUGCAGCAUUCAGAAUUCCCAAUCAGUGAAGUAAGAGAUGCUGAGAUUUGCAGUCCCACAUCCUCUAAGUUGGGAAAUAAAUUGUACUGCAAAUUUAACAGAAGUAAAGCAGAGCGCUGGCAAAUCUGUGUAUUUAUACGUUCAUCUGUUAUCUGUGUCGUGGCAAUCUCUUUAGCAUAGUAUCACUCUUUCAAAGAGUCUGUGAAUUAAUGCCUCUAUCUAGUUGUUCAGGAUUCUUCAGAAAUCAUGGAAGAAACAGUGUCAAAUUCCAUUUGACUUUUACUUUACCUGCUGAAUCCUAUUCAUACAGCCCAAUCGUGUAUAUCACCCAGCAAGCUACAACUUUGGAUUCAUACUUCCUUCUUGUCUCUCCCUCUGCAGCCUUCCCAAAUAAUUUAUACUGGACUGGACUUUCUUCUUGUACUUCAUCCCCCUAAGCUAAAGGAAAUGGCACUUUUAGGAUCGCAAGACCUUUUAUGAUUUCUUGAUUUUCCUGGCAUCCCAAACACUGUGUUCCCUUAUGUUUAUUACAAAGCCCCAUGGUGGUGAAGCAAAGGACUUUGUGUUGGAACGUUUACUGUGAGAAAAGCUAAACAGCUUAAUGAAUCAUGUAACUUUUUAUCCACAAUCCUGAUAAACCUAUGCGCACAGUUAAUUGCU